AUGACUCCUGCCUCUCUGAUGAGAAUCUCAGAGCUUCAAGUGUUAGCAGAUUCUGUCAAGGCUGAGGAGAUCCCCCUUGCUCAUCUGCAAAAGGAGGUGAAAGCAUGGGUCUCUGAGAUGAAAAAACACCUCAGGAUGGCUGAUCUCAAGAAGAGGUCAGCCAGCAUCACUGUUGAAAGUGUCACAGAGAUCAAUUACUGA